AUGACCAUAGCCGAGUAUUCAAUACACGCUUAUCUCUCGCCGAUAAGCGCCCGACGUUACGGGAGCCCCGGCGAAAAUUCCUCCCCCGUCGCGUCGGCCCCUCGGCGAAUGAUCGACUCGCUUAUUAUUUGGCGUAGCUUACAUAAACGCGGCCAACGAGCGGAGAUCUCCCUUGCCCCCCUCGCGGAUCGCGUUCCCGUUGAGAGCGAUGAUGCUGAGCGGAGCAUCACGGGUCCAACUAAGCUGGACGUCGCGUACCUAGAUACGCGGCUAAGUAAAAAAGAGAAACCCAAGGAGUGUCCGUCUCAAGCCCCGCCCUGCGCGCGACACGCCCCCAAGAUCCUCGGCGGAAAGGUC